AAUCAGAUAAACGUCAACUACCUCAUAUUAUUUUUAAAAUAUAUUUUUUAUAGUUUUUUUUUUAUUAAAGUAACGACGAAUAUAAAAGAAAUUUCGCCGUUAAAGAAAGAGUUUUACGACGAAAUUUAAAACUUAUUGUAAUAAUUAGUAUAGUGUGAGUUUAGGUGCCUGUUAUCCCUCCAUACGUCUUUCAUACGUGUUCUUAAUUGAACUAAAGUUUAUUUCUUAACUUGUUUUGUAUUAAAUUUCGGAAAGUGUCUUUGAUUUAACAUAUUAUAAAGGAUAUAAACUACAAAUAAUAACUAAAUAUAUUGAAGUGUCAGCUACAACAAAAUAACGUUAUAAAUUGAAUCUAGCUAAUAUUGCAAUCUAGGUUGAAAAACGUAAAAGAAAGUGGAGUGUUUUCUUUAUCUUUUUCAUCGAUUUAACAACUAUUAAUAUUGCAUUUAAAAAUUUGUCCACAAAAAUUGCAUGUGCUCCAAACAAAAAAACUACCAACAACAAAUAGUUACAAAUCUUUUUUAGCUGUAACAGGUUACAUAGGUUACAUUAAUCUGUUAUCGUCAUAAAUCUACCGCCAUGACAACGAAAGCUCAGGAUAAGCAUAAGAUGUCGGAAAUCGAUGAGGGUAUAUCGAAAAUAUUUGAUAUUAAAAAGCGUUUGGGCAAGGGAGCAUAUGGUAUUGUUUGGAAAGCUUUGGAUAAACGCACUAAUGAAACUAUAGCGGUAAAAAAGAUUUUUGAUGCUUUUCGUGAUGAAACAGAUGCUCAGCGUACAUUUCGUGAGAUUAUAUUUCUUAAGGCCUUUCGUAAUCAUCCGAAUAUUGUUAAAUUGCAUAAUGUUUAUAAAGCCUCAAAUAAUUUAGAUAUUUAUUUGAUAUUUGAAUAUAUGGAAAGUGAUUUGCAUAAUAUCAUUAAAAGAGGGACCAUAUUGAAAGAUAUACACAAACGUUAUAUUAUGUAUCAACUAAUCAAUGCCAUUAAAUAUAUACAUUCGGGAAAUGUUAUACAUAGAGAUUUAAAGCCCAGCAAUGUGUUAAUCGAUAGCAAAUGCAGGUGUAAAUUAGCUGAUUUUGGUUUGGCACGUUCGGUGGCAAAUCGUUCUUUAAGUGGCGAUCAUAAUGAUAUAGGCAGUGAUAAACCGGCAGAAUUAUUAUUAACCGAUUAUGUGGCCACUAGAUGGUAUCGAGCGCCCGAAAUAUUAGUGGCUAGCAAAAGAUACACCAAAGGUAUUGAUAUGUGGAGUUUGGGUUGUAUAUUGGCGGAAAUGAUUCGAGGUAAACCUGUCUUUCAAGGCAGUAGUACCAUAAAUCAGAUUGAGAAAAUUGUUUAUACCUUGCCGGAUAUAACGGAGCAGGAUAUACGUUCUGUAGGCGCGGGCUUUGGUUCGGUGUUAUUAAAUAAACAAAUUUUAAAGGAUAAGAAAACCACACUUAAUGAGUUAUUAAGUGGUGCCACGGGAGAUGCUUUAGAUUUGGUUAAAUCUUUGCUAGUAUUAGACCCUAUGGGACGUUUGACCGCCCAUCAAGCUCUUAAUCAUACGUAUGUGGAAAAAUUUCGAAACUCCAUACCGGAACUAGAAUUAAAUGUUGAUGUACUGCCACCCUUUAGGGAUGAUGUGCGCUUAACGGUACCCGAAUAUCGAUCAAAAUUAUAUGAAAUUGUGCAAACACAUGGUGAAAAAAACAAAUCCUUAGAUACAAAUAAAAAUUCUCUAAAUUUAACUAAAAAUAGAGAACACAACAAAUCCUUACAAAAUCACGAUAAAUGUGAGCAGAAAAAACCGACAAAAAUCAAACAGCAGCCUAUUACUAGUCAUUUAGAAGACAAUAUGGUCCAUGCUAAUGGUAAUCUAAAUAAUCUCAUAAAUAAAGCCUUAAAGAAAACUACACCAAUAGCUAAAAAGAAAAUCACUAAAAGCCUCAAUAACAAUAUAGGAGAUUCAAUAAAUAAUGAACCAAAAUAUCACAUAAGAGAUGAUCGUUAUUUACAACGUAGUAAAUCACAUGGACAUCAACAAUUUCUACAUAGACAAAUGGUUGGAGAUCACUUAAACGAAGGCGAAUCCAGUGCAAUGCAAGCGGAAAUAAAUGUUAGAAGAUUUUCCACAAAUGAAGUGGAAUUUUCUAAAACUGAAACACUUAAAAAAAGCAGUAAUACCAAACGAUUACAUCGUAGUGCCAUAGCUUUAAAUAAACCGGAAAAUGAACAAAUAACUCAACACACACCACCAUUUACAUCAAAAAAUAUUAUACGUCAAACCAAAUCUGAAGUUAUACCCUUAAAUAAUACGCCCAGUAGUGAAUCGUCGAAAGUAGAAGAACGCAUUUGCUAUGAAAGACGUUUAAAAAAAAUAGAAGAUGAAAUUGAACGUUAUAAAAAUGAAGUGAAAAGUUUUUGUCGUGAAACAUUUAGAAAUUCCCAACAUAAGCAGCAGUUGCAGCAGCCACAAAAGCAUUCUAAUGAGGAAAAAACUAAUAGUAAAAAUUAUAAUUUCAAAAGCACACCCAAAAAAUUGACAACCACAAUCAACAGCAGCAAUAAUACACCCAUUAAAAAUAUCUAUUUUCAAUUGUUAAGCAAAGGUCAACAUCAUGAUUAUCACAAAUCAGAAUUAGAUCUCUCUGGCAACAGUGGCAAUGGCAGCAGUAGUAGUGAUCAUUUUCGAAAUUCCUAUAAUUCAAACUCUUGUUCGGGUCGUAGUAAAACCUCAACAAAUGUUCACUAUAAUAAAAGCUCUUAUGUUUUACAGAGUCAACAACAACAACAACAACAACAACAGCAACCAGACCCACAACUAAGUCAACAUUACGUUACAACACACAAACAUCAGUCACAGCAUCGUUGUCGUCCUAUAUCGAAGUUUGUUUAGCAAACAUCACAAACAUAAACCAGAUUUUUUUUUAAGUACAUUCUCUUACUUAUAUAUAUAUAUAUAUAUUUUAGAAAAUAAACUGCCCAACUUUGUAAUAAUAUUAUGUAUAUUAAACACUGAGUAUAAAUAAUAAAAAUACAUCUACAUAUUUUUGUGCCAGUCUAUGAAUCAGCAAGUAUUUUAAUUUGUUGU